UCAAAUGGCGGAAAAAGAAAAUGUAGUUGAAGUUAAAGAAGAACAAAAAGUGGGAGUUCCAGUUAGUGAUUGGCCACUAACACAAAGUGCAAGAGAGGCAGUGGUUACUAAUAUAAUUAAAAAUUUAUCUACGCCAUCUAUCCUUACAAGACGCUAUGGUUACACAAAUGAAGAAAAAGCUGCUUUAACUGCUCAUGACAUCGAACAACAAGCUUUUGCUGCUGCUAGUGGCGCUGGACUAACUAAUGGUACCGAGAUUCUUCGGUUUUAUUCGGAACUUAUCAGUGAGAAAAUGCUUGAAUCUGUUAAUCAGUGAGGAGAUUUCUUUUUCUUGAAUUUUAAUCUUCGAUUCCAAAAUUCUAUGUUAUUUCCAGGGGUUGUAAAUUGAUUCUCACUUCUAGAUGUUCUAUUUAGAGAUCUGUUUGUUAAUUAGCUUGGGAUCGGAGUAUCCUAACUAUCUUUUGUGUGAGAUUUUCUCUCUGUUGGAUGUGUUAUAGUGUGUUAUUGUCUUCUUAUUUGCUGAAUUUAACAUGAUUUAGGUAAGAUCUAUAAAAUAAUUUUGGAUUGAUCUGUAAAAUGACUCAUCCUUUGAAAUCUUAGUUGUUAUUCUUUCUGUUU